CACAAGGAGCAGUAUCCUCUCCAGGCCUUUUCUCCUGGUCCAAGGCUUUUUUCUUACAGGUCCGGAUCUUUUGGUAGCUUGGUACAGAUCUCAUUGAACCAUGAUCCUCGUCUAUCCGACCCCUAUGGAUCUGUACUUGAAUUACGAAAUGACCAUUAGGCUCGAUAUACGUUAGCUAUACGACCGAUCGAAUGGAACACACGGCAUGCCCAGCCACGAAGCCUCCAGACCUUUAAAGACAGCGCUCUGCUUGGAAUCCGGAACUUGCCUCGGUAGGCGUCAUCGUCUUAUCAAUAUAAGUGGAUGCAUGACUGCCAGAAUAAUCUACAACUGCUCGUCUCCCUGUGACGAUCUCCUCCUUUCUUUUUGAUCCUUCUCGAGGAGAAACUAAACCAGUACUCCUUUGCCCACCAUGAAUAGCGAUGACGAGUACAAACAAAACACUGUUCACAAGGAAGCGUACAGCCCGCCAGCUACAGACAGCAAUGCCGCGGAUUACGCUUACGAUCAGAUUGAAGAGAAGAGGUUGAUUCGCAAAGUCGAUUGGAGACUUCUACCAAUCUUGGGCGCACUUUACUCUAUCGCGCUGAUAGAUCGCACGAACAUUUCCAAUGCGCGUGUUGCUGGAAUGGGGACAGAUCUUGACCUCCAGAUCGGUGAUCGAUAUACCAUCGUCUUGGUCCUCUUCUUUCCUACGUACUUCCUGCUCGAACUUCCGUCUAACAUCGUCCUUCGAAAAGUUGGGAGUGCCAACUGGCUGGCCUUUAUCGCUGUGUCGUGGGGCGCUGUCAUGAUAGGGCAGGGCUUCGUCGAGAGUUGGAUAUCGCUCGCCAUAUGCCGUGUGUUGCUCGGAGCGUUCGAGGCGGGCUUCUUCCCCGGUUGUGUAUAUCUCAUCACUUGCUGGUACCGUCGCUAUGAAACACAAAAGCGACUUGGUGGCUUUUAUCUCUUCUCAGUCGGUAUUGGUGGCCUUGCAAAUAUCCUUGCAUACGGCCUCAUGCAGAUGGAAGGCGUCGGUGGUAUUCGAGGCUGGAGAUGGAUAUUCAUAAUCGAAGGGAUCAUCACCUGUCUAGUUGCAAUCGCAGCCUGGUUCAUCAUCUUGGACUUUCCCGAUAAAGCCGAGAAGAAAGGGUUUCUCACCUCCACCGAGGCCGCUGUUAUCAUGCAGCGUAUAGAAGACGAUCGUGGCGACUCAGUAGCGGAUCCUCUGACCUGGGCUAAGUUCUUCCAACAUCUAAAGGACCUGAGGCUUUGGGCAUACGCCACGCUCUUCAUGUCGACGACGAUGCCCGCAUACGCCUUCAGUUACUUCCUCCCCGUCAUCCUCCUCGGCAUGGGCUAUUCUGCUGGGCAAGCCAACGCCCUUUCAGCACCUCCCAGUUUGUUCGCGAUGAUCACAGCGUUCGGAUUCGCAUGGCUAGGGGACAAGUACCGUGUGCGUGCUCCCGUCAUCGCCGCUCAAUCAGUCCUUGCCAUAAUCGGUCUCAUGAUAGUUGCAUACGCCGAAAACAAUGGGGCAAGAUACUUUGGCUCAUUCCUCGGGGUAUGUGGCUGCCAGGGCAACGUCCCGGCUAUCCUUGCGUAUCAGAGCAACAAUAUUCGAGGCCAAAGUAAGCGGUCCGUUGGAAGCGCUCUUCAGAUUGGCUUCGGUGCAAUUGGCGGCAUCCUCGCAUCGACGACGUUCAAGCAAACGGAGGCACCCACAUACAUUACUGGGCUUUGGGUGACAACCGGCCUCCAAAUCUACAUCUUGUUAGUGCUGUGCUGCACUACUACGUAUUUUGUGAAGAGAAAUAAGGUGGUUGAUCGACAAAGAGCGAACGGCGAGCCUAUGGACGAAAAUGAAGGGCAGGCUGGGUUUCGGUAUACUAUAUAGGCCACCAAGGGUGACCAAGGCGUCUGAGCGUACUCUUUCCGCAGCGCGUCCUGAUAUUGCAGUCUUUUCACGGUUGCUCUGAAUCGUCUCAACGCAUCGCUAGCUUUCAAUCAUACCUUCAACAGCUAUAUGAUCUUGGCCGAUUCAUGUCCAACGCGCACAGGUUACCAAAGUCGACUUUGGAAAGAUGGUGAGCUUGAACAUGGAUCUUUGCCAUAUACGGAUUAGGGCGGCACGUUGAUGACGUUUACCGCCGGACUCUGUUUGUCGCGUCACAC